GCCAUCUUGAAUUUAGUAUUGUGUGCCAGUCGGGGGGGCGGUGACAUAUUUUACCCGUCAUCGUAAUAAUUUUGGUGAUAAUCCCGAGAAAAAGCAAAAAUAAGUGACGUUUUAGGUGUAAAUAGUUUAUCAGGUUUAAACGUGAGGAUGGCGGGUCAGACUAUUAAUGAUAGGCUUUUAGCCGCUCGUCAUAGUAUCGCCGGACAGGGAUUAGCAAAAUCAGUAUGCAAAGCUACCACCGAAGAAAUGAUCGCUCCUAAAAAGAAACACUUAGAUUAUUUAGUACACUGCACAAACGAGCCGAACGUGUCAAUACCGCAGCUCGCGAACUUGCUCGUCGAGCGCACGCAGAACACGAAUUGGGUGGUAGUAUAUAAAGCACUCAUCACAGUACACCAUCUACUAGCGUACGGCAAUGAGAGAUUUACACAAUACCUCGCCUCGAGUAAUUCUACAUUUCAACUAAGUAAUUUCUUAGACAAAAGUGGAGUUCAAGGCGCUGCCGGGGCCCGGAUUGGCUAUGACAUGUCACCAUUCAUCCGGCGCUAUGCCAAGUACCUCAAUGAGAAGGCGCUGUCGUACAGGACCGUCGCCUUCGACUUCUGCAAAGUCAAGAGGGGCAAAGAGGAGGGUUCCCUGCGCAUGAUGAAUGCAGAGAAGUUGCUCAAAACGCUGCCAGUGCUGCAGGCGCAGUUGGACGGCCUGCUGGAGUUCGACUGCACAGCCAAUGAUCUCACCAACGGAGUCAUCAGCAUGUGCUUCAUGUUGCUCUUUAGAGAUCUGAUCAGAUUGUUCGCAUGCUACAACGACGGCAUCAUAAACUUAUUGGAGAAAUAUUUCGAUAUGAACAAGAAGAAUGCCCGUGAGGCUCUCGACCUCUAUAAGAAGUUCCUCAUCAGGAUGGAUAGGGUCGGAGAGUUCUUGAAGGUAGCAGAGAACGUGGGUAUAGACAAAGGUGAUAUUCCUGACCUCACCAAAGCCCCAAGCAGUCUGCUGGACGCUUUAGAGGGUCACCUCGCCAGUCUUGAAGGCAAGAAGGGCUCGGCCGCCAACACGCCCACUCAGACAGCCAGUGCUCAGAAGAACGUAGCGAGCGUGAUGGGUGCAUUGUCCUCAACAUCAUCAUCGUUCGGCAACGCGGCCGCCUCCACGCGUCUCGACAACCAGCCCAACGGUGCUUCACCGCUGUUCAUCGACGACACCCUCAAACAGCAGGCCCUGGCGGAAGAGGAAGCCGCCAUGAACCAGUAUAAGGUUCAUUUGUUACAAGGAGAAGGGUGGACCGGCGAAGAAGAUUUGUCUGUUAUCAUUAAUAAGGUGCAGUCGCCAACAAGCGCAGCAGCGAACAAUCCAUUCCUGUCCACCGCUCCGGCGACCAAUCAGAACCAGUCUAUUGUGGACCUGUUCGGUCCAACGCCAUCAGACACUACAAGCCAGACUAGCAAGGCCUCCGAUGAUCUCCUCUCACUCGGGAACCCCUUCGCUGAUAUGUUUGGUGCCGCCCCACAACCAGCGCCGCCCGCGCAACCACCAAUGUGGCAACAGCAGAGCAACGGUUUCGGUGCAACGUUCCCGCCGCAACCCGCGAACAACACAUUUGUGUCCGAGGCUAACUUCUCUAAUGUUUUCAGUAACACUGACACUACAGCUGCGCCGGCUAACCCGUUCAUGGGUAUGGGAGAUCCUGCCCCACCUAUAUCCGCAUCCCCAGCCCGUCCCCCUCCUCCAGCUCAUCCCCCACAACCCAAAUCCGCGUUCGAUGACCUCGAAGACGUAAUGCGUAUGUCUCUCGGUGGGUCCCCUGCUAAACAAUCCAACCAGCCAAUCACGCAACAACCUCAGCCAAUGGCGUCGCAGCCGUUCAGUGACGUCAUGUCGAUGCCGAUGGCCCAGCCUAUGAUGUUCGGCUCUCCGGCCCGACAACCAAUGAUGCCAAUGACAGCCAUGGGCCAGCAACCUCAGCAACAGCCCGGCAAAGUCCUCACCGGCGAUCUGGACUCAUCUCUCGCACAGUUGGCCAAUAACCUGUCCAUAAACAAGAGCGCCACAGCACAGAAACCGAUGCAGUGGAACUCGCCGAAGAACGCGUCCAAGCCCGGCGCCACGUGGACACCGCAGCCAAUGCAGGCCACCACCGGAGUUGGAUACAGGCCUAUGGGCCCCGGCAUGACUCUCCCAUCAAUGCCUCACACCUUGCCCCAUACAUACCACCCCCCGCAUUAUAUUAUGCAACAGCCAGGCAUGGUAAUGGGCAUGCCCGGCGCCCAAAUGAUGCCUAUGGGGAUGGCCCAACCGAUGAGACCCGCCGUACCACCGCCACAGACUACAACAAACCAGUUCAGUUAAACUGGUAUACCAUUAGUCGACCCGACUGAUUUACGCCUCAAAAAAUAUGUUUAUAAUUAUAAACACACUGCUCCUAAAUAGCCAGCAACUUGUCAUUCAAUUUUAGACUGUAUUUUCUGUAUAAUACGUUUUACGAUACAAUGGUAACGAUAAAUGUACGCCUCCAGUAUGAUUGGUUCAUUAUUCUUGCUAUUAUAAAAUGUAUCAUAUAUCGAUUAACAUAAAACUGGAAUUUCAAUGACAAGUUGUUUUACUGUGUUUUGAUAGUGUUUGAAUAUAAUGAGCGACGACCCAACAUAAAUAUGCAGUAUUGCUGUAAAUAUUGUCGUUUUUUUAUUAAAUUCAUUCGUUAGUACAGUCAAACGCCUAUAAUAUGACAUACCCUGUGAAAGGAUGUGCAAUUUCUGACAAGGGAGACAGUACAUAUGAGAGAUGAAAAUAUAGUUUGUCUAUGGUGUCUAUAUUAUUUACUAUUAUUAUUAUAACAAAAUAGGUCAUAAGCGUAUUUACCAUUCAACAGUAGAAUAAAUAAUAUACCAACAAGCAUAGAAUCUGUAUAAUGAUAGUAAAAGAUACAUUUAUACAGUUUUACUACCGCUAUGUAUUCUAAAGAUGGCAACACUCUUAAACAGCAAUUUUAAAACGAAGCUGUACAAAAGCUGUUUAAAAAUAGAUCUUGUGUCAGUUGAGAUACAGUAUAUGUUAUAGCGUAAUGGUUAAUAAUAAUAAUAUCACAUUGUAUUAUGUUCAUAUUUUUAAAAGGUGUAAAACAAUCGGGUCUUAGGAAUUUAAUAUUUUAAAUGUAAUGUGUCUUUGAUGUAAUCCAAGUAGGGACUUUUCGUGCGGUUCCACUUGUUACUGUUUGCCCAAUAAUAGGUAUAUUGACCGUUCAAAAAUGCGUUUUAUGUUACCGACACAAUAUGAAUUAGUUACUGAAUUAUUAUAUAUGUAGUCAUUAAAAAUAAUGUAUGAAUAUUGUAAUAAUUUAUGAAUAACACUUCUAUUCAUUUUAUGGCAUUGGAUUUCGUUUGGAAAUUUAUUAAUGAAAAAAUUUAAAGGGUCUAUAAUAUGAAUUGUUUAAAAUGUUUAGUUUAAUUAAAUCCUCGUCAUAUCCUCUAAGACACGAGUACGUCACUAUCAGUUUAAUUAUAUUUAGUAAUGAAUAAAAUGGUGUGAAUAUUGUUAUGAUUAGAAAUGUUAUCAAAAUAUUGUAAUGCGAUGGAAAAUAUAAUUGGUAGAUAUAUUUAUUGAGAAAAGGUAUGAAUCAAUAGGUAAAUAUUUAAUUUUAGUCAUGUUAAAAAAAUGUAAUCACCCAAGAGAAUUUAGAAUUGAUUUGUUUGUAAGCGUUUUCUUCAAAUUGAAUUAUUAUCUUAUGAAAAUGGUGCGUAUUUAUUACACGUUUCUUUUUUCUUUCUCUUAAAAAAUUCAACCGACAUCACAUUCCAUAAUUGUACAAAAUCAUAAUUUAUCGUUAGCGACAUAAAACUUGAAUUAUAUAUUUUAUAAAUAGCCAUUUCUUUUGUCUUUAGUGAGCAUUUAUGUGGCAGUUUGGUCGCUACAAUUCAUUAGCGCGCGUGAUCUUUGUUUGUAGUAGGAUGUGUACGUACAUUAUGUGUUAGUGUGCGUGUCUAAUGGAAAAACAGUGUUGCCAACUUAUACUCCCUAAAUUGUGGAUAACAGAAUGUUACAUUUUUGUGAGGAAAAAGAUCUUGUUUAAUCUUUUUUAAUCAGUCUUUCAAAUAGUAAAUUAAAUGUGAAUUACAUUAAUAUGUACUUACAGGAGUACUUACCAAAACUGUCGACCUAAUUAGAAUACUGUUUAAAUUUUUCUUAAUUUGAACAAAAAAUGUUAAGUAUUUACAACAGAUACCUGUGAUCACAUAAUAGCAUAUAAUGAUACAAAACUAUACAACGAAGGUCUCGCGCGAUCGUGUAUUGUAUAUACAUAUAUAUUAUAAACAAGUGUAGUCACUUUUAGUUCAAUCUAUGGAAAUUCAUAGUGCGUAGUUACACGGGAGUAGAUCCUACAUAACCUUAUAUGAUAAAUGUAUAAAUGCUAUAAUUUCGUAUUCAGUAGAUUGUUAAGGUUAGAGAGUUCGAACACCGGUUUAACUGGAAAUAAUAUAGUCUCAGUAGACUAAAAGCUUAAACCAGUGUUGCCAUAAUAAAUAUUAGUAAUACGACCGAAAUUGCUUGUACCGAAAGAGCGUUCUUGAAUUACCUUCAAAGUGCUAUUUCUGACAAGUUUGCAUAUUCUCACGUAAUCAUAUGUAAAAACUAUUUAAUCUAAAAAAAAAUCAUUCUAAUAUAAAUUAGAUUGUUAUCAGACUAGUGUUACGGGUGUAAAGUGUAUGACUGCUGUUGUGAAUAUAUGGACUAGGUGCUUUCCACGUGACCAUUCGCUAUAUUAUAUUAUUAUGAUGAUUAAUCAUCUUUAAACAUUAAUCUAUGUUAAAAAAAAUGCCAAAUAUUAUGGUAUAGGGCACGUGUAUAGUUCUGUCCUUUAUUCUAUCUUACCAGUCAACAAUACUUUGUACAAAUGUUCUAAUUUUAAAUAUUUAAAAAAAUAUAUAUAUAUUAAAAAGCUUACGUGUGAUAUUAUGUUCGAAAGACUGUUACGCAAUUCAUAAAAGUAUUACAUAAAUAUAUUAAACUUAAUUUUUUUUUUUAUCGUUUGGACAAAGUAUUGUGUGUAUAAAUUGUUGCCAUCAUAUUUGUUUCCUUUAAGUAUAAUAGAUUGAUGGCAACACUAUUGAUGUUACUACAUUAUUAUUCAAAAUGUAACCCUAAUUGAAUAGCCGUUUAUGUAAACAAGUUAGCUUUUAACGGAAAAUGAUCUAUUUGCAGUUUUCCGUCACUGAUUGAUUAUUAAUAUUGUAAAUAGAAUGUUAUAUGAAUGAACACAGAGCCAAUUUAAAAUUACGUUGCUAUUAUUUUGUUUUGAUUUUUUUUUUUUUAAUUGGACACCUUCGAGUCUUUAUAGGAAAAUAAAUAAUGGCAUAUACUUUAUUUUUUUACGUCAACAAACCAUGAAAUUUGUACGUAUUAUGUAAAAGUUGUCAGGUGUCUCUGUAAUUAUAGUCAGACGUUAGUGCUUAUUAUUUACCUAUGAAUUAGUUGUAAUUAUAAUUUCAUAGUUCAAUUUAAUGGUAUAUAAUAUCAUUUUCAAUCGUGUGUUAAGAUCUGUUGCUUGAGAUUUUUUUUUUUUCUUUUGAUUGAUAGUAUUUUUUGUGCAAUAUAUACUUUUGUAAAAUUAUUUUAUUUGAAAAUGGCGUUGAAAUAAUUAUGUUUUAAAGUAUUAUGAAUUGUAAUAACACUUAUUGACUCUUAUGAAUUUAGAUUUGCCAAUUAAAUCCCAGUGUGUUUAUAAAGCGGCAAUUUUUUUUUAAUGACCGCAUUUUUAUAUUAAUUAUUGUUACAUUCGUUAUUUGAAUAAAUUAACGGGGCUAAAGAUAGACAGUAUACAGCUAUAAAAUUAAAUUGUUAAAUCAUUUCAAAAUGUUUUCUCUGCAUAGCGCUGAGAAAAACAGUUGGUACAACUGAUUUGUUUCAAAUAAGCACCGUCACUAGUGUAAAAAAAUCUAGAUAAAAAAAUGGUAGGCCUUAAAAUUUUAAGUUGUAUAUUUUAUUAUGUUUUAUUAAUAUCGAUGUAAUUUAAUAAUGAUCUUUAUCUGUAAAUAUUCGCUGCUAUAUUAUUAUAAUUUUGUCGCGCCAUGCAUAUUGGAGUAGAUAAUUUAUGAAAGAAAUAAAUCGAUUCUAAUUAUU